AUGUCUACAGUGACUGAUAAUUCGCUUCCAACAACAAUCCCGCAUAUUGACGUCUUCAAACCACUUGAUGCUAUGCAUAAUAUAGAGAAGAUCACCAAUAACUCAAACUUAUUCACGUUCUUGCGUGAUUCUAUCGAGUUGAAACAUGAAUUUACAAAAGGUUUAGUAAAAGAAGAAUUAAAGGAAAUGAUUGAAGAAACGAAAGAACCUACUCGAUGCAUACUUUUACAGAAGGUGCUUGAACUUGAAGAAAAUCAAACGACACUCUUAGCGGCUACAAUUCUUAAGGACAAACAUGUACGCCAAACAUGGGUCAUCAAAGGAAUGCAUAGAAAUGGUAAGUUUGAUCUUGUCGAAGUUCAUGCAAUUCAGAAGAAAGAAAUUGACAAGCAAAAACUCUUUGGAUAUGGACUUGCUUACAUUUCGCUUGGAAAAAUGUUAGAAUCUAAUGAGAAUGCACCAGGUGGCCUCGAAGCUCUCAAAACAUUAUGCCGCCCUGUGAAGGAAGAACCUGCAGAUGUCUUUUAUUCGUGCAUCAUGAAAGACUUAUAUGACAAAGGAUUACCCAUGUAA